AUGGCUCCCAGUGGCACACAAGAGUAUAUCCCAUUAGAGGCCCUCAACGCAAACGCGAACGACGAUGAGGCCGAAGUGAAACAGCCUCACCGCAAGCAAAGCAAUAUCUGGCACAGAAUCGAUAUCACCAGUGUUCUCACUGUAUUCCUCGGCUUCCCGCUCCUCUUUCUCGCAGUGAUACUCCUGGCCCUGUUCUGGCACGAAUCAAUUAACGCCAUCGAUGGGGCAGAGCCAGGUAUCUACUGGGUGCGCAUCGUCAAUGCAGGCUGGGCAGCGCAACUGGUGACAGUAUGCACCGCCUCUAUCCGAACGGUGGUGACUUUCCAGGCCGGACUUGCGACGGCCAUGGUUGCAGCGAUUGUUUUGGAGACCACAGGCGCCCCUCUCCUACAGGGUCCAUUUUACUCCACGCUCCGGGCAGUCAAGGCGGCCCCCAGCAGCCUUUGGACCGCGACCAACUUCCAGCCUCAUCUGUCGUACUUAAUUUAUGCACUAGUGCUCACUGAGGUCUUGGUGACAGCAGCAUCCCAGUUUCUUUCCACCAUCUUCCUGUCUGAUUUUGGAAAUGGGACCUUCUCCCAGCACAAGAACUCGACCAAUGUUAGUAUCCUCCAUACUACGAAAAAUGCCGAUAUUGCAUGGUCGACGCCUCCUGCGGCCAGCUGGACAUUUGCCGAGUUGUCGGGGUCCUUUGAAGACCGGUCAGGGUUCCAUGAUACCGGGCACACCUUUCGAGCUUUCCUUCCUUUCGAGGAGGAGGCGCAACGAACCAAACUACGCCAGCUCCGUGGUCCAGUACCGGUCAUGGAUCAUCGGGUUGUCUGUGCCAGUCUGCCCCUAACGAACUUGAGCCUAGAUUCGACCGUGCAGUAUUAUGUGCAUCUGUCUGGACAGAUUCCCACGGAGAACUUGACCUAUCCAUUUUUAAUCGACUCCUACUCUCACCCCUACAUCAAUUUCACCUGCAAAUUACCGAUUCCAAUGGACAUGUACGACAACAACACGGUGGGUGAGACCAGUUUGUGCGCCCCCAUCAGCCGCGCAAACUGGACGGUCCUCAACGAAGACCCUCUGAUCCAGCCCUACGGCUUGCCCCAGAUCAAGAGCCUAUUCAUGCUCCUCGAUGUCGUUUCCACCUCCGCAAUGGUGGGCACACUAUCCCACAUCCGAGCCUUGCAGACAAUCCGAACUGAUGGCCCCUGGACGAUACUCUCUAACGGAUCCGCCCACAUCGAAGCCCUCCGCAUCUCCGCCUGCCUUACCAAUAUCGCCACACAAACCCUCACCGUUGGAAUGAGCAGCACAUCCGACAACCUCGAGCCCAGGACUGCCUGGAAUCACCACACCGAAAGCUUCAACACCGAGCCCUCUCGCCUCCAACUCGGCGUAUCCUCCCCGGCCAACACGAGCUCCAUCAUCCACCGAGGUAUCCUCACGCUAGAACCCCGAUCCCAAUGGGAAAGCUUUCACAUCCCAGCUGGUACCCCAGGACUUAGUACCUUAGAACUCGGAGAAGACCCAAGCAGCUUCUUCGCAGCCAUCCUCAACUUCCCCAACUUCCUCAUCACCAACCUCAGCUACACCUUCGAUUCUGGCGUGACCCUCUCUCGCAAGAUCCCCACUAUCAGCUUUGGCAACGCCCAUCCGACCCUUGUGGAUCUGUUCCAGGAUACCCUAAUUACGACGGCUAGUCCGGCGUUGGCCCUCCAGGCCCUGCUCACCCGCAUCUGUCAGAUGGCAUACUACGAGCAAUUGGUCAAGUUGACUAGUCCAAUCCCGGCCGUGACGGCGUUCUCGCUCACCGCGACGAUUCCGGUGCGGUGGACGGGUUUCAUACUGGGGAUGGUUCUCAUUUUGGUUCAUUCAGUUAUUGCGGUGGUCGUCGUCGUUCUGUUUAUGAGGUCGACUGAGAUCUCGAUUAUUGGGAGUUAUUGGCAGACGGUGGCGCAGGUGGUUUCGAAGGAUACGGUGCCCAUUCUGGAGGAGGCGGAUCGGAUGGAUGAUAAGGCUGUGAAGGAGUGGGCGAAGCAGAAGAAGGUGGUGGAAUCAUUGGACGAUCGUUGGGUUGUGCGGGAGGGUGCUGAUGGGCGGGUUACUUUGGGGCUUGUAGAGAAUGAGGAGUAG